ACUCUCCGGUCGUCAUCGUUCUCACAUCGGUCUCGAUCUCGAGCGUGGGGUUUUGUGAUCCGCGAUCGAGAUGGACGCCCUCGACUCCGCCGUCGACCCCUUGAGGGAGUUCGCCAAGGACAGCGUCCGCCUCGUCAAGCGGUGCCACAAGCCCGACCGAAAGGAGUUCACGAAGGUGGCCAUCCGUACAGCGAUCGGGUUCGUGGUGAUGGGAUUCGUAGGGUUCUUCGUCAAACUCAUCUUUAUCCCGAUCAACAAUAUCAUCGUCGGUUCCGGUUAGGUCGCGGGAUAUAACGAAUUGGGUGUUUCGCAUUGUAGGACAACAAAAAUGUCUCUUCCAUCAUAGAAGAGUUUGCUGGUUUUGUCUUCCAGCAUUUUAACCGUCAAAGGCACAUUUUGGGGGAACAUUUGUUGGUUUUUACCCAGAAUCUGCUAUGGAGCCUACUAGGGAAUAAGAUAUGCUUAGGACAUUCAUUGUCA